CAGUGGGGAGGAGGGGAGGAGGAGGAGAGGAGCGCAGGGCGUAUUAAAAAACUCUUCUUUACCUUUCCUCUGUAUUUCUUUCUCAUUCCCAAUAGUUUUCCAUCCACUGUACCUCUCCGAGGGGCUCCGGAGGACACCGGCGUGACGAGGAGACCGACAGCAUCGCGUGAUUGACAGGUGACGUGAUUGACGUCCACAAGGUGGCACGGGGAAGACGAGUCAAGUGGCAGGUGUGCAGGAACACCAGCAUGGCUGUGGAGAGCUUCUCUGAGCUCCUGCAGAAACUGCGGGAGGUCCAUGAGCAUGAGUUAGAGGUGUGGCAGGAGAAAGUACUGGAGCUGACAAAUAAAAAGAAUAUCGAUACGAAGCGCAUGGAAGAACUUUACAACAGGAACCAGCAGAUGAGAGAACAGCAGCGGAUCCUCACCGAGAACAUCAAACAGCUGGAGAACAGGUUGCGGGCCGGGUUGUGCGACAGGUGUACAGUCACUCAGGAUGUGGCUAAAAAAAGACAACAGGAGUAUGAAAACUCCCAGAUCCAGAGUCUACAGCACAUCUCUUUACUGGUGAGUGAGAUGAACGCACUAAAGAAAGAGAACGACAGACUGAGAGAGGAGCUGAAGGGCUUGAAGGAUCCCUCGAAUCGGCAGAAUGGUCAUUCAGAGGACACGAUCACUGCAGAGGUCAAGAUGUCACCUGACACAGCAGCGGCUGCAGUGACUCUACUGACCUCAGGGCUGAAGUCCAGCCAACCUCCACCAGGGGACGCCACUGUACCUGCAGCGACCGUCAAACGAGAGACGGACAACAGCCCAACUGACAGUCUGGAAAAAGCAUCUGAACACAAACUCAUGCACAGCUGGAGCAGGGCGUUUUCAUUCGAAUCUAAGGGCAUGUUGCCCACCUCGAGCCCUGUGAGAUGGGGGACCGAACACGGCACUGAAAGGAGAGCUGCCAGCGUGGACUCGGUGGAACACAGACACUCCCCUUUGUCUCCUCUCAUCCCAUCUCCUCUUAGUCUACUGAAGAACAAUCCUAUUUUUUCUUCUACUGCCUCUGAGGAACGUAGCAGCCGGCAACAAAUCCACGCUCCCGUCCCCUACCGGCCGCUUCCGAUCAAGAGCGGUCGUCUGUCCAUCCCGUGGUCACUCUCUGAAUCCUCUGACUGGGUGGCAGCGGCCAGCUCUGCUGUUAGUAGUGGAAUAGCAGUUAAUCCAAGCCAGAGCCCAUUCUCAAGCUCAAACAUUCUGCGUUUCCCUAAACUGGUCCCACCGAGCGGCGGCCUCCAGUCUCGCAUGCACUGCUCAACACCUGCCGGCCUGCGGCCCUGGUCCCGCAGAAACCUCUCAGAGCAUGCCGAGAGUAGAGAAAAGAAAGUGACGGAAGCCGUCGCAGCGCCGCCCCAGUGGAGGGUCUCGGCUGCGCAGUCGGAGAGGAUCUUUGGAGAGAAUUUAAGAGAGGAGGAAGAGGAUGCACCGCUGGACCUGUCUGAUUCAGGACGCUCAAAAAGCCAAGAGAGAGAGAAAACGCACUCACAGAGCGAUGCAUCUUCGUCUUUGUCUUCCUCACCACGUGCUGCACUUUCAUCGUCAUCUCAAUGUCCAUCAAGCCCUCAAAGUGACCAGCAGACUGCAGAUAAUAAUACACAGCAGGAGGAAGCACAAGAAAGAUGUAAGGAACAGGAAGAGGUAAAGGAAGGUGAAACAUCUUCAGCAGCUGAAACAUCUUUCAGCUCAGAGAACAAGAAACUCCCAUCACUAACCAUUUCCCUCCAGCCAGUUGUGGUUAUGGAGCCGCUUAAAUCUGGAGGACAGGUCACUGAUACUGGGAGCAGACCGAUGGAGCAAGAGGAGAAGGAGAACAACAAUCUUGAAACAAGCAGAAAAAGACCUGGGCAGGAUACUGAUGCUAUUUUCCAGCGCUCGCUAAAGGAGAGGAAAAUACGGCUGAGCAGAGGACCUCAAGGAAACCAUGCAGCCCCAGAUCAACGAUGAAGCCAUUGGAUUCUACUACAACUGUGGUUAUUAAGCCAGCCGUGUUUGUUUUCAGCCUUCAUCACCAGCCUCCUCCAAUCCAAAUCACUGGUGUUCACUUCAGCUUUCCAGAAAAACCAACAAAAAACAUUUUAACCGCACAUCUGUCAAAUAAUUUGCAUGUAUCAAACAGAAUCGGUUGUCCAGCGCACACCGCAAUUCUAUUAGAUCUAUUAUUAGUGUGUGCGAGCGAUAUAGUUCAUAUAACCUUCGUUGUAAAUAUACAGAAUAUGUUCCUUCAGUGGCUAGAUUUCCCAGCAGUCUUUAGCUGUACUUCAACAGGAAGCCAGCUUUUCUUGCUGACAGGGGGCUGUCAAUAAACUUAUCAGCUAGAUUGAUUUAUUUUUAUUUUUCGCGGUUUCGCUUUCUUCUUCCUCUUUCUUCACUUAUACCAUGAGUUAUUAAUAAUGUACAUAUAAUUGCUUGCUUUCGUGUGUUGUUACAAUUGUCGUGUCUUCUCUCAGUUUGUGUUCACUCUCUCUUCCGUGUGAGAGCUGUCACAUCUCAUCUAUUUUUGUCUCUGUCUGAGCACCAUGGCCUGCUUCUUGUAGAUGUGACAAAAUGAAAACCCUCGGCUUCCCCUUUUGGUUUUUUUUGAGAUGUCAAGCAUAUAUUUUGUAAUAGUGAAUUUUCCACUUGCAGCGGUAAAAAACUUUCAGUGUAAAGGAGGAAGGUAAAACUGUGAAGAACAAAGUGUACUUUAUUAAACUUUCUGUACCAUUGUGUUAAACUAGUCGUAUACCUUUGCUUUUAUCUGAGGUAAAGCUAAUUUAGAGAUAUUAAAAAUUCCUAAGUUUGUUGUUAAAAAAUGGACACAAAAAUAAAGGUAUUUUGAUGGCUUA